GUUUCUAUGAGUAGUUCCUACGGGUUUAGAGCCAUUGCGACAUCGGAAACUUAUAGUCAUCCGGUUCUUUUAUAUACAAGGCAACUCAAGCUCUUUUGUAAGUGUUCGUAUACGUCACGUACUUCUGAUUUAGGGAUCCUCUUGACAGGUUGAACCCCUAAGCCUGCAAUCGGAAAAAAGAACACUGGAUGUACCGUUACUUUCCAUUUUAGAUACAGGAACGCGUGACGGUAAUAUGGCACCAGGGAAAAAGCCCAACUUUCUAAUUGCUCUAGCGGACGAUUUGGGGUUUUCAGACGUUGGGCCAUUCGGUGGUGAAAUCAACACCCCGAACAUCGAUAAACUCGCCAAAGAUGGCAUUCGGUUCACCGAUUUCCACGCUGCUGCUGCGUGCUCACCCUCCCGCGCCAUGAUCAUGACUGGUACGGACCAUCACAUAGCCGGGUUAGGCAACUUGGUCGAAUGGACUAAUAUUUCUGGUCAAAAUGAUCCAAACGGGACCAUGUCAACUGCUGUUCAGCGUGGGAUGCCUGGUUAUGAGGGGUAUCUCAAUGAACGAGUCGUGGCUUUACCUGAACUGCUCCGCGAUGCAGGCUACCUCACCCUCAUGGCAGGUAAGUGGCAUUUAGGCCUAACACCAGAGCGAAGUCCAAAAGCCAGGGGUUUUGAAAAAAGCUUUGCCCAUUUACCGGCAUGCAGUAAUCAUUAUGGCUACGAACCUCAAUUAGAAGGUAUGGACCAAAUACCUGAAUUCAUGACGAUGAGCUUCAUCGCUCUUCAUAGCGAAGAUGGGGAGUAUGUCAAGAAGUUACCAGAAGGAUGGUACUCUUCCAAUGGAUACGGCGAUAAGAUGGUAGAUUACUUGAAGGAUUGGAAGGAGGGGGAGGAUGAGAGGCCUUUCUUCGCGUAUCUACCAUUUACCGCGCCGCAUUGGCCCCUUCAAGCACCGCAGGAGUAUAUCAAAAAGUACCGUGGCGUGUACGAUGACGGCCCUGAUGCUCUGCGCCGAAAAAGACUCCAGCGCCUCAAGGAUCUCGGUAUGGUCCCACAAGAUGUGGAGCCGCACCCUGUUGUAGCCGACGAAGUAAAAGAAUGGAAUGACAUGAGCGAGGAAGAGCGAGCUAACUCGUGCCGCGCCAUGGAGUGUUUUGCUGGCAUGGUUGAGUGUAUCGAUGCCAACGUCGGGAAGGUUGUCGACUAUCUUGAAGAAAUCGGCGAACUUGACAAUACCUUUGUCUGCUUCCUCUCGGACAACGGAGCUGAAGGUGCCGCUUACGAGGCUUAUCCGAUUGUCCAAAGCACCAUGCUCCAACACCUACAGAAAUAUUAUAAUAACAAAAUCGAUAAUCUCGGAAACGGAGAUUCAUUUAUAUGGUACGGUCCAAGAUGGGCGCAAGCUGCCACUGCGCCGAGCAGGCUGUACAAAGCAUACACAACAGAGGGUGGAGUGCGCGUCCCAUAUUUGAUGAGGCCGCCUGCAAGCUUCAACGGAAAAUUUGAAGCCGGUAGCAUCACACACCAAUUUGCAACGGUGAUGGAUCUCGCCCCCACCGUACUCGACAUGGCAGGCGUGCAACACCCCGCCCCUACGUAUCAAGGUCGAGAAGUGGUAUCAAUGAGGGGAAAAUCGAUGGUUCCCUACUUACAGAAAAAGGCAGAGACUAUCCACGAGAAAGACUUUAUCAACGGAUGGGAAACAUGUGGGCGGGCGGCAUGUAGAAAGGGCGACUGGAAGAUCGUGUUCAUCCCCAAGCCCAAGGGUCCGGAGCGUUGGCAGUUAUAUAAUCUCGUGAAGGAUCCUGGGGAAGUCCAUGAUCUCGCCGAAAAAGAGUCUGAGAGAUUGAAGGAAUUGAUCAAAUUGUGGGAUCAGUAUGUUUUAGAGACAGGUGUCAUCCCCCUAUCUCCAGAUCUAGGAAAUUGGAUGGCUGCGAUGGAGGAACAAAUGCCCGAGAACGCAUGGAUAGAGUAUGAGUACUGGAAAGAAGGUGCGAGAGACGACCCGGCCAAAUUCACAAAAGAAAUUCCGAGGUUCCAAAGGCAAGUGAAAGCAAUUUGAAAACACGACACCUGGUAAAUGAUAGCUGGGGGGUUAGGGUUAGGGUUGGGGCUACAUCCUGAUGAGAACACCUUUACCAAUAUUCUUAGGAACAAGUACCAUUAUUAAAAGUAUUUACAAUAGUAUUUAUGAUAAAUUACAGCUC